AUGAACUCUCAACAGAAGGAGCAGCAAGAACAGCUGCAGAUGCAGCAGCAACAGCAACUCCACCAACAGCAAGAGCAGCAAGAGCAGCAGGAGCAGCAGCAGCAGCAGCAGCAGCAGAUGGCAGAUAAAGAAGCUGGAGAGAUGCCUCAACAGUCUCAGGAGCAGGAUCAAGCCACAAGGGAAACGACCCCUGCAGAGAAGGAAGAGGAGCAGCAGCAGCAACAGCAGCUGCAGCAGUUGCAGCAGCUGCAACAGCUGCAGCAGCAGCAUCAGCAACAGCAGCUGCAGCAGCAGCAACAGCAGCAGCAGAUGGAGAGGCAGAUGCUACAGCAGCAACACCAACGGCGCGUACAACAAAUCCAAGCAUCUUCUCAGGAGCAACGAGAGCAGCAGCAGCAGCAGCAACAGCAGCAGCAGCAGCAGCAGCAGCAACAGCUGCAGCAGCAGAAGCAGCAGCAAGUACAAACUAGACAAGGCGCAUCCCAGAGGUUUAGGUGGAAGCAGGAUAUAGUAGACAAGCUCAGCCUUCCAGGUCCCCUGCUAUCAUUGGACGAGUUUUUGCGAGCGUUUUUUGCUGCUGAGGAUUUUCAUCAGCAGCUGCAGCAGGCAAAGCCAUACUGGGAGAGAGCCAUCGCCGCCCAGCAUAAACUCACCAUAGAACAAGCGCAUCUUGUAAGGGUUUAG